AAGUGUAUAUUGCUAAGCAACAACGUCUACUUUUUUUUCAACGUCAUUGCAACAAAAGGAAAGGAUCAAAACAAUGGAAGAAGGUAAUUUUAAUUUGUCGAAUUUGAAUGUCGUGGCUUGUCAGAUAGCUUGUGAAAUUGUUGAAGAGCAAGUGACUGUUUCGAAAAUCGAGAAGCCCUUACAGCUACAGGAUGAAGAAGCAAGAUUUUCUUGGGCAGAUGACAGUGUCCAUGUUGCAUGUAAUGACUUACAGGAAAUCAAAUCAGAAGAAUUUUCGGACAUUUCUAACUCACACUCUGCAAUCGAAGAGGACCAAAAUUACGAUCCAUUAAUUGAUCAAAAACUCAAAUCACAGCAGUUAGUCACUCCAACUUUUCAGGAACAUCCAUCACCUUCAGACGAUCUGUCAACUCCCUACAAGGAAAUUGACACUUUGCCGGACAGCUAUUAUAAAAACAUGUGUUCAGAGAGGUUUGUCAUUAAUCCAGAUUCCAGUUCUAGCGAUGAAGAUGGCGAAGGCAUGUGCCAAAAGUCAGAUGACGUUGAGGCAGAUCUAGAAACAACAAACUCAAAAAUUACAGAAGAAGCUAGCGAUAAGAAUGAGCAGAAAAGUGACACAGAGGAAGAACAAAAGGCAGCCCGGAGCUGUGAGUAUGGACAGAAAAGUAUUGCAGAGGGACAACAAACAACUGCCCAGCAGAGCGAUGAAGUUUUAAAUGAUCUUGGAAGUGCAACCGAAAAACCGGCAGAUAACUCCGAAAUACAUGUACCUUGCGAGACAUUCCAACAGAAUAUAUAUCCAGAGCUCAGCAGUUCGUGUGAAAAUAAUCAAUCUUUUCAAACAACAGACAAUGGACAAUGCAUUGAAUCUGGCGCUACUUGCUAUGUUUAUCAAACAUACCAAGGUUUUACCACCGAGUCAUCCGGAAAUAUGGUCUACUUUCAAAUGCCGUGCUGCAAUCCACAUUUCAUAAACGGGAGUUAUUACUAUAUCCCUCAAGAAAAUUCGGUGGUAAUGAAUGAAAAUUUAGAGAAUCAACAAUUUGUUUCUGUGACAGAUGAAUCCCUUUCAACUAACCAGAACACGACAGAAAUUAAAGAGACAUUACAAAAUUCUGACACCCUCCAGGCAGAAAACCAAUCUAACACUCCGUUUGAGGGUGUUCUGAAAGAAGAGACAUCGGAGGUCUGUCAAAAUGAGGAAAUAAACAAUGAGGGUGAAAAACAAUCAGAUAAUUGGGACAAUUUUACCGAAUUAUCGGACUGUCCACAGACAGAUAGUUAUUGUUCCGAGUUUGCUUAUCAGUUUCCCUCAUACGGAGACCCUGAUGGAGGACUGACGCCUUUUAACCCUUACCAGACACUUCAGCAACCUUUGUUUGCCACCGACAUUUACCAACCGUUCACGGACCCAGUCCGACUCAACACCAACUUUCAGUACCCAGCUGUAUACGUAUCUCAGUUUGGGUUGAUAACAGUUCUUCUAAAGCACGACGUAUCAGUUGAAAUGACAAUUGAUCGAGCAAUCCGGUUGGUUAGUCACCAGAAAAAUCUCGUUAUUGCAUCGAGCGCCAAGGGUGAUAAAAACUUUAUUGUUCAUCCAGCAGGGAAAAUAUCGCAUGAUGCAUCAGAGGUUGAAGCCGAUAUUUACCUAAAGCGUAGAGUUAAGAUGUCAGACGAGGCAAUUAUCUUUGGCAAUGCAAAUACAAGCUACAGGUUCAACAACGACAAAAUCAAAGAGGAACAGAAACCUAACUUCUCAAAGCUGUCGAAAAAUAGCUCCGUUGGCAUUUUAUUUGCCUCGGACAAAUCUCCUGACAAAAACCUCGUCAUGUCCUGCAUGGACCUAGUGGCAAACGCCCAGUACCACCCAAUAAGACACGUAUCUGGAGGCUACGUAGUAAAGAUAAACCAAAUCAAGGUUAUACAAAAUGGCAACGGAGACGUGAAAUUGGUGUGUCCUGACAAGUAUAUGAGGCUCUCUUCAGUUAGGGAAGAUCUUUUGCUGAGGAGCAAACACUACAUUGAAAUGGGGAUCGAACCCGACUGGAGCAUCUGGGUCAACCACGGUAAAAACUUUAUGAGAGCAAACAGACUGGGUCUGGUGUUGUGCAACAGUUGUAUUGAGGCGGGGUUUGAUGCCCGAGAUUGUGUCAGGGCUUGUCGCAUUCCGAGCGGAAUUCCGAUAUUUGUUGGCGAAGAGUCAUUUCUACCCAAGCGACGAUAUGUUCCGAGGGCUCGCCAAAAGUCUUCCAAGGAGUUUGAUUGAAAAGCAGUAUAGCAAAAA